GCAAGAAAAACAACAUUGCCAGGCGCGCGUCGAUGUCGUCGCCGGCGCCGCCUCUGCUCCCCAUCGCGCCGCUGGACGGAGAGAGCGGCUACCUCCGCUGAAGGGAGUCUGUGCUGCUCCGCCUCCAGACCCUCGACGUGGCGCACGUGCUGACCGAGGAGCGCCCCGCCGACGAGAAUACGGCCGCCGGCAAGCGAUGGGCGCGCGCGGACGCCAUGUGCCGCGGCCACAUCCUGGCCACGCUCUCGGACCGCCUCCUCCAGGUCUACGCGCCCCACGCCACCGCGGCGGCCGUGUGGCGCGCCGUGGCGCGCACCUACGACCUGGACAUGUCGGUGGAUGAUCCCUUACUCAACGUGCCCCGUGAGAAGGCCGGGACGUUCCGGUACGCGGAGGGCGAGCCCGUAACGGAGCAGCUCGCGCUCCUGGAGAGCUUGGCCACCAAUGCAAAGCUCGGUGACUUCAGCAUAACUUUAGUCGUGAUGUCACAGUUCCCGACGUUGAGACAGGAGGUCAUCAAGCGGGGUCGCUUGGGCAUGGACGAGAUCUGGGAGAUCGCUCGGCGGCAGGAGGUGGCUGCCAGGGUAGGAAAAAGAAACUCGUGUUAGAGAGUCUUUGGCGAAAAAACUAGGUUUCCGGUCGUCUGUCGGCUUGCAUGCAUAAGUCAGCCCAUGUUACUCCAUGCUCGCCCAAGGCAGAACCGCUCUUCUCUUCAACAACGCCCAGCUACCUCAAGUCAUUUGCCAUACUCACGAUCACGUGGAAGAUAUGGGAGGCUGGGAAUGCCAAAAACUUUCGUAAUGAGAUGGUAACCUCCAAUGUUGUAGUAAUAGCUAAGACUAUUAGAGACCACUUUACUCUCUGGACUAAUUGGCUACGUAAGCCGGAACAGAAAUACCAUGAUAGGCUAUGGUGUGAUCAUCGGUCUUGAAAUAUAUUGAGGUGGGGACUCCCCCUCCCUCCUUUUGAAAAUUAUCAA